AUGUCGCUGUGGCGAUACUACACUUCCCUUAGCCCAAAAACCCGCCUCAUGGUCGGCGGCGGAUUGAUUGGGUAUGCAACACUCGGUCUCUUUCUCUCCGACACUGCAGAAGAGAAACUAGGCUACACGCCAACCGAAGAAGAUAAAAAGCGCCUAAGGGAAGCGAUGCCGAGGAUUAGAGUUGUGGAAGAGUAG